AUGAUUAUUGCACCGAAGACAGCGGCGAAAUUCCAUCGAGCCUUGUUAGACACAGUGUUCAUAUUCAGCGAAGACCUCGGAUACAUUGGAGGGGAGCUAUCAAAUGCAUUCGAUAUCACCGUUACUUCCCUGCUUGGCUGUAUCGCCGAAGCAGUUCUCAUAUUCACCGGGUCAUCCAAAUAUGUCUCAUCGAUAAUCCCAUUUUGCGUCAUGAUAGUGUUUUUCCUGGGGAAGUUCUAUCUCCGCACUUCUCGAGUCAUCCGACUUCGAGAGAUCGAACUCAAGGCCCCUUUGCAAUCGCAACUUCUUGAAGUGCAUACAGGGCUCUUGACCCUUCGUGCAUUUGGUUGGACAGAGCACUAUGAAGAACGAAACAAGCAAGCACUGACUGCAUCACAACAGCCCUACUACUUGCUGUUCUGUUUACAGCGAUGGUUGAACCUAGUAUUGGACCUACUCGUGGCUGGGAUAGCCAUUCUGGUUGUUUCUAUUGCGACGACAAUCGGGAGAGAAUCCAGUACUGGCUUUUUGGGGGUCGCGCUGUUUAAUAUUGUCAAUUUCAGUGGCAGUCUACAACAGUUGAUCUCUCAUUGGACUACGUUGGAGACAUCGCUUGGGGCCUUGUCACGAAUCAAAUCCUUCGUCGAGGACACUCCACGUGAGAAUAUCAACAAGGAGUCUGGGGAUUCAUCGGAUGAUUCGAAGAAAGGUGGAAUAUCUUUCGUGGGGGUUUAUGGAACUCAUGGGCAAGCCGAAGACUAUACUAUUGAAGAUAUAACUUUCGAAAUACAACCGGCAACUAGUGGAAAAUCGUCAUUAAUCAUGGCACUUAUGCAAAUGCUCGAGAUUCGCAACGGAACCAUCCGCAUUGACGGAGUCGAUGCAUCUCGAAUCCCCCAACCUCGCAUUCGAGCCGAGCUUAACACCAUCUCCCAGGAACCAAUCUUCCUACACGGGUCUGUCCGCCUGAAUCUGGACCCGCAUGCCCGAACGAACGAUGAAAACGUCUUGAUCGACGCUCUUCGAACGGUGGGAUUGUGGGAUAUCAUCAAUGCAGAGGGCGGUCUCGAUAUCGAAUUAUCUGAUGAUAUCUUCUCACACGGCCAAAAGCAGCUCUUCUGCCUGGCGCGAGCUUUGUGUCAUCUCGGUCAAAUUCUGAUCAUGGAUGAACCUACCAGCAGCAUUGAUGACACCAAGACGGAGAAGAAGAUUGAUAAUAUCAUCAAGCAGCAUUUCCAGCACCAUACCGUUCUCUGCAUCAUGCAUAAGCUGCAUAACGUUGGGUCGCUUGAUAAAGUGGCUGUCAUGGAAAAGGGUCGACUUGUUGAAUUCGGUUCCCCGCAAGAUCUCCGGGAAAGGGAAGGGGUUUUCAAAACACUUGUUACUUCGGGCAAUUGGGGCUCUGUUGGUAGCAGCUAG